AUGUUAGGAAGAACCGAUUGUCACAAUUUCAUCCGAGAUAAUAGAACUCGUCUUACAAGACAAUGCCAAAACAACUUAAAAUCAUUCGAUCCAACACAUGAAGGCAUUUAUAUUUGCGAUGGUCGCUUACUUCGUAAUCUUGCUGAUAAAUACGUUUUCGUGGUAGAAUUAUUAAAUUACACGAAAAGUUGGUGUAUUGAUGGUCUUUAUCCUAUGCUCAUCUAUUCGGAUAUAAAUCAGAUUUUACCAUGUGAAAGAGCUAUUCGCCAAGGACUAAGAAAAUAUCCACAAUCAUAUGCUACAUAUGAUGCUCUCAGUAGCGAUAUACUUGAUGUAUAUGUACGAAAUUUACAUAACUAUCGUAAUUGUGGCGAUCCUAAUUUUUGGGAUAAGGAAGACUAUGAAGAAACUGAUACAUCAAUAUCAAUGUUUGAGUACAGAAAAUAG